AUGGAAAGGAAUGACAUCAUUGACUUCAAAGCUUUGGAGAAAGAGCUGCAGGCUGCACUUACUGCUGAUGAGAAGUACCAGCGGGAGAAUGCUGCCAAGUUACGGGCAGUGGAGCAGAGGGUGGCUUCCUAUGAGGAGUUCAGGGGUAUUGUCCUUGCAUCACAUCUGAAGCCACUGGAGCGGAAAGACAAGAUAGGAGAAAAGAGGACUGUGCCCUGGAACUGUCACUCUACUCCAGGAAGGACAUCUCAGGAUGAAACCACCGAAAUCUCCCAGGAAAAAACAAUCCUGCAGCCUAAGACCUCAGCAGAGUUUUACCGUGAUUGGCGGCGAUACUUGCGGAGCGGGCCAGAGCGCUACCAGGCCCUGCUGCAGCUCGGAGGUCCCAAGCUGGGCCACCUCUUCCAGAUGGAUGUGGGAUUUGGACUACUAGGGGAGCUGCUGGUGGCACUGGCUGAUCACGUGAAGCCUGCUGACCGGCUGGUGGUGCUGGGGAUCUUGCGCAGCCUGGCCAGCACUGGGCGCUUUGCCCUGAACCUAAGCCUGAUGAGCCACGCAGAGAGAGCGAGCUGCAGGGGCUUGUUUCAGAAGCUGCAGGCCAUGGGCACCCCCAGACCCAUGAAGGAAGGGCUCAGCCAGGAGGAACAGGGUCUGCAAGAGCAGCCUGGUGGGCUCCAGGAGGAGGAGAUACUCCUACAAGAACUGCUAGCACUGUACCAAGUGGAUUGAUGGGACCAGUUAUCUUCAGAGGCCCCCACUGGUUACUGGUGGCAUAUUUUGGUUGCCUUGGGGGCACUUCAGGACUAAUAAGCCCAUGCCUAAUUCCCUUCUCAACUUGGAAUCUUCAGAACAAAAGCUAGAAUCAAAUCUUCCCCUCUUCUCUAGUCCCUUGGUGGCUUGAUAUUCUGAACUGUGUAGAUCCAUAGGAUGGUCAAGCACCCAGAAAGUUAAAAGAGCUUUGCGCCCUAGCCAGUUUGGCUCAGUGGUUAGAGUGUCGACCCAUAGAUGAAGGGUCCUGGAUUUGAUUCCAGCCAAG